CUCAAGGAGGGCGCAGUGUGGGAAACACGCGCGCACGUCCGGGCUGCUCGUGCGCUUACGGAGCUGUCGCCUUCAUUCCACUAGCAAUUAGGACAAACAUGGAGCUAUCGACGUUCUCUGCGCUUCUCUUAUUGAUGGCAUUUGCCUUCAAUACGCCGUUAGCAACUAAACCGAAUGUUCCGCGCCUUCGCCUCUCAUUUAAAGACCUGGUGGCCACUAACCGCUCCACCAUCUUCUCUGGUCUCCAUGGUGACCUGCAGCUGUCGGCCAUGUUCUUGGAUGAGUACCAUGACAGGCUGUUUCUGGGAGGGAAGGACAUGUUGUAUUCCCUCAGGCUGGACCACACACACACAGAUGUUAAAGAGAUCCACUGGCCAUUACCUGUUCACCGUGAAGACUGUAUCCUGAAGGGAAAGGACCCAGAGACGGAGUGUGCUAAUUUUGUACGCCUGCUACAGCCAUUUAAUCGCACUCACUUGCUGGUGUGUGGGACCGGAGCCUACCAGCCGGUGUGUGUGCUUGUCCUCGUGGGGCAACGUGGAGAGCACACAUUUUUUCUGGAGCCUUCCACAGUGGAAAAUGGGAGGGGAAGAUGCCCUCAUGACCCCAAGCUACCCUUUGCGAGCACCUUUACUGCUGGGGAGUUGUACACAGGCCUGACAGCUGAUUUCUUGGGAAGGGACUCUGUGAUUUUGAGGAGCCUGGGGUCUCGAUCUCCCAUGAGGUCCGAAACAGACCAGAGGAUAUUACACGAGCCCCGGUUUGUGGCUGCCCACCUAAUUCCGGACAGCACAGAUAAAGAUGAUGAUAAAGUCUACUUCUUCUUCACUGAGAGAGUGGCUGAGGUUGGGCAGAGGGAAGGGGAAGCAGCUAUACACACACGCAUCGGACGAGUGUGUGCGAACGAUGUUGGAGGAAAGCGAGUGCUUGUGAAUAAGUGGAGUACAUUUAUUAAAGCUCGGCUGGUGUGUUCUGUACCUGGACCUCAUGGCAUUGAUACACACUUUGACCAGCUGGAGAACGUGUUUCUUCUGAGGACAAAAGAUGAAAGAAAUCCUGAGAUCUAUGCUAUCUUUAGCGCUAUCAGUAACGUGUUCCAGGGCUAUGCAGUGUGUGUGUACAGCAUGGCUGAUAUCCGUGAAGUGUUUAAUGGGCCUUUCGCACAUAAAGAAAGGCAGGACUACCACUGGGGACCAUAUGAAGGGCGAGUGCCAUACCCACGACCUGGAGUGUGUCCAAGUAAGAUCACAGCUCAGCCUGGUCGUGUGUUCAGCAGUACUCUGGAAUUUCCAGACACUGUGCUACAGUUUGCACGCGCUCAUCCUCUGAUGUGGCAAGCCGUACACCCUGCACAGCGCCAACCCCUGCUACUGCGCACUAACGCACCCUACAGGCUCACUCACAUCGCCGUCGACCGCACGCAAGCCGAGGAUGGCCCCUAUGAUGUCCUGUUCUUAGGCACAGAUAUUGGCACUGUCUUGAAGAGCAUCGUACUGCGCAGUGGCAACUCACAUGCAAGUGAAGAGAUCACACUGGAGCAGCUGCAGCUCUUCAAGGUGCCGACUCCCAUCACCUCCAUGGAGAUCUCAGUGAAGAGGCAAUCCCUGUAUGUGGGCUCUCAGACGGGUGUAGCGCAGGUGUCUCUGCACCGCUGCAGCAUGUACGGGAAAGCCUGCGCCGAGUGCUGCCUGGCGCGAGACCCCUACUGCGCCUGGGACGGACACGCCUGCACACGCUACCUGCCCAACACCAAGCGCCGUUACCGCAGACAGGACAUCCGCCACGCCAAUCCAGCCCUGCAGUGCCUUGACCAGAACCAGAGUGUUGAAGAUGUGGACAUGGCUGAAGACAGAGUCAUAUACGGAACAGAGGACAACAGCACAUUUCUCGAGUGUGUUCCUCGAUCGCCACAAGCUACUGUCACUUGGCACACACAACGCGAUGAACACCUGGAAGAGGUGUUGUUGGAUGAGCGUGUGCUUAAAACAGAAGAGGGCUUGCUGUUCCGUCGCCUAACACGUCACGACGAGGGCACGUAUGUGUGCCGUUCUCGGGAGCAUGGCUUCACCCAGACCAUCGCCCGUGUCUGGCUGGAUGUAUUACGAGGAGAUACCCUUACUGACCUACUGUCACAUGAGAGCAAGAACAGGGUGUGGCCUCCAUGCCCCGCCCACCUGGGCCCAUUCAACCGCACACCAUCCAGGGCAUGGUUUAAGGACAUCUUGCAGCUGAUUGGUCCAUCGAAUCUCCCUCAAGUAGAGCAAUACUGUGAACGCGUUUGGUGCAACGAGAAACUACGACGGAAACACAAGACCAAGCUGGACAAAUAUCGACAAGCACAAGACCUGGCGCGGAAAAGCAGGGUCGUCAAGAACACGGCAGAGCGGAGCCGUACACCACGAGACACACACGCAGUAGAGUGACACACAAACACUCAGGAAGAUAAGAGAGAUGGAUUUAUGAACAACGAGGAGAGGGUUGUUAGUUAGAAAGACUCAAUUAUAACCCCUCCUAAACACACACACACACUCCAAAAGACACCCUCUUCUCACUGUUUAGCCAAACGCAAGACUCAUAUCUGUUCAGGAUGAGCUCUAAGAAACCAUGGAGCCAAGUAAAAUAUCAUGCUAUUCUGUGAUGUAAUUUGUCAUCAUUUGUUGACAGAAUGCAGUUUCAGUAAGAUCCGUCCAGAUGAUGUCGGUCUGCACCUAUGUGUGCUUCUCUCACUAGAAUUCCUCUUACUGCAGAAAUCCAUAGGUUCUCGGUGUGUUUAUCACAUUAGUCUCAGAAUUCAGGAGUAGGGCCAAGUUGUUAUGCUCAUCCAGAGAUUCUGACCUCUCCACGCAUUUUGUUGAUUCAGAAAUUCUUUUUGAAGGGCUCAUCUUAAGAGGAAAUUUGUUUCUUUUAGAGCAUCUGAACUUUCUAAAUGGCUAAAUGUGUGAAACAACAAUUUGAAAGCUACUGGUUAUGAACAAUUUGAAGUCAUUGUAAUCAGACAAUGAGGUCUGAUUACAUGCUAAUCUUUACAUCCCAUAAUAUUUUUUUGCAUCAGGUUGAUGUUUAUGGCUAACAGUGGCGUGUUGUUUUAACUGCUUCUGCUAUGCAUUAUGUUUUUGUGUGAGUGAUUUCGGUGAUACGCAGGCCAGAGCACUCUAAAGGCAGAAUCCCAUUUUGAUUGAAUACUUAAAAAAAAAAUCACUGAUACUGGGUGAAAUGUCUAAUGUUUUGGAAUGGAUGGAAUUUUUUUGAUCACUUUGAAAAUCCAGAAUUUUUAAGGGCUUAAAAAUUAUUUCAUUCUUGAAAACACCCCAUAGGUUUAUAAAAGAGGCAAAAGAUGUUUGGAAGAUGGAAGCAUCUAAAGUGCAGCGAUCCGUUCAGGCCAAAGGCUAUGCAUCACUCUGGCUCUGGGGAUCGUACAGAUCUCCUUGUGCCAAUCGAGAUCCGGAAACAUGCAGCUUGUUUCCACUGAAAAUACUGCUGUGGGUUUAAUCGCCCCGAAGGAGAGAGCAGUGACGUUAAAAAAUUAAUCUUUCAAACGCAAGCCUGCCCGACUCUCUGUCCCCCGCCACAUCCAAGACCAUUCAUGCCCAUUAUACACUCCUAAUUAAGUUUUUAUAUUGUAAUAUACUGAAGAUAUCACUGUGUGACAUCAAUUAAUGGUAUCAAUUCAUGACAUCAAUUAAAAAUUCCAUUGAAUGAAUGAAAUACCUUACGAUAACUGGACUGCACAGCACAGAUGCACUGAUGCAUUUGCAUAUGGUAAUGUUCUAACCACAGCAUAAAUAUUUCUAAACCUAUAAUCAAAUAUUGAAAAAGAAACCCUUACAAAACUGGCAGUGUUCCUCAGUGUUAAUGCUGUUUGUCUUUCCUUGCCUCAGCACCUCUGACUACAUCACCUUUGUAUUCAGUCGGGCUGGUGUGAACAGACUGGUUUAUUCUUUUCAGUUUCAACACUGUAGUUCCCCCCGUGUGUAAAUAACUCAUGAGCUGAGUGUGUGAAGAGUUUGUACUGGAAUACGUGAUGUAUUUAUGUCUUAUUUAAAGUGGUUCUUUGCAUGCUACGUGUACAGAUGUGGGUUUUCUCCUCAGUGAUAAAUAAAACUGUCCCUUACAUUCUGGGGUAUUAUCUUUC